AUGCAACAACUAAUAUAUAUUUGCAGUCGAAAAUCUCCAUUAUGUCGAGUUAUUGAUGUUAAUUAUAAAUUAUUAUCUGUAGAAGAAAAUUUAUUAUUUAAUAAUGUAAAUAAUUUAAUAUUUAAACGAUAUAUAACAACUAAAAAUAAUAGUCCAAAAAAGAUUAAUAAAGUUAAUGUUCGUACAAAUCUUUAUAAAUCAUCAACAGUCCAACAACAAAUACAUACAUCAAAUGAUCUCAAAGGUCAACAACCAUCAGAAACUAUUAAACAUAGUACAACAAUAACAAAUAAUGAAAAUAUUUGGUCAACACGACCUUCAUAUGACAUACAUAUUUCUUCCCUUCGUGAUAAUACUUCAACAACAUUCAUUUCACCAUUUAUGAAAGAUGAUCCAUUUAAAACAUGUACUUCACAAUCAGAUAUUACACCAGUACAAUUAGCUGAAGCAGCUGUUGUUUCAGCUUUUGAACAAUCUACACCAAAUAAUAUACCUUUAACAUCAUCAUCAUCAACAACAACAACAGAAACUGUUUUUGUACCAAAAAUAUUUUCCACUAAUAUUUAUUCAGAUUCAUUUUCCAUAGCUGUUGGUUUUCAUUCACUUAUACCAUUAUCAUUACAAAAUAAUAAAAUUAAAUAUGAAACAAUAAAUCAUCCAAAAGAAGAUUUAUUUUAUAUAAAAGACAAAAGUAAUACAAGUGAUUCUAAUGAAAUUCUCAUCCAACAUAAAAUUGAAAUACGCAAUCAUAUAUUACAUGAAUCUCUUAACUAUGUUCAUGAAAAAGGAUGGACAAUGGCAGCAAUUCAUGCUGGCAUGAAGAAAUGUAAUCAACCUAAAACAGCAGAAGGUUUAUUUUAUAAUGGUUAUGAUCUUGUAGAAUAUUUUAUGCGUGAUUCCAAUGCUAAAAUGACAGCUUAUAUGAACGAAUUGGCUAAUAAAGAACAUAUUGAAGGAAUUCGUCUACUUAUUGAAGGAUUGAAAUAUCGAUUGAACCUUGUUAUACCCUAUGCUGAUAUUUGGGAACAGGCAUUAUCUCAAAAAGGUUUACCACCAAAUACACAACGUGCUUGGAAAAGUUUACUAGAUUUAGCCAAUCAAGCUUGGCUAGGUAUUGAUGAUAUAUCAACUGAUAUAAAAUGGUAUACAAAACGAAUAUCAAUUGCUACUAUAUAUCGUAGUGCAGAAAUUUAUAUGCUUAAAGAUCAAUCACCAAAUAAAAUAGAAACAAUGAAAUUUCUAGAACGACAUUUAGAUGAUUUUGAAACAAUGAGUACUACUCGAAAUUCGGUUUCACAAUCUCUAUCAGAUGCAGCACAAGUUGCUAGUGGAUUGUUCACAGUUAUAUGA